CCGCGCUAAGAUGGCGACUCCCAUGCAUCGACUCAUAGCCCGGAGACAAGCUGAAGCAAAUAAGCAACAUGUAAGAUGUCAGAAAUGCUUGGAAUUUGGACAUUGGACUUAUGAAUGCACAGGAAAAAGAAAAUAUCUACAUAGGCCUUCAAGAACAGCAGAACUAAAGAAAGCUUUAAAAGAAAAAGAAAACAGAUUAUUAUUACAACAAAGCAUUGGAGAAACUAAUGUAGAAAGAAAGACGAAGAAAAAAAGGUCUAAGAGUGUAACCAGCUCCAGUAGCAAUAGCAGUGACAGUUCAGCCAGUGAUUCUUCAUCAGAGAGUGAAGAAACAUCUACCUCAUCCUCGUCUGAGGACAGUGAUACUGAUGAAAGCUCCUCCAGUUCAUCGUCUUCAGCCUCCUCCACAAGCUCUUCCUCAUCCUCUGAUUCAGACUCAGAUUCCAGCUCUUCCAGUAGUAGCAGCACCAGCACGGAUAGCAGCUCCGAAGAUGAACCACCCAAAAAGAAACAAAAGAAAUAGAAUCGCUCUACCUAUAUUGGACUGAUGGACCAUAAACUUUAGUCUGAUUCUCAAAAGGGAAUCUAGAAUAUGUUAAAGCCAAAUAGGUUAACUGGCCAAAAUUUUGAGAGCUCAGAAGUUUCUAAAUGUUUUACAUUGUAAGAGCAUAAAAAGUAUUAAUGAAAUAUAUAUAUAUGUAUACUUUUUUAUUUUAAGGGUGAACCUUGUUUUUCUUUUUUAUAUUUAAAGUAUAUCUCUAACACUUAAUCAAAAGCUGAAAUCCAGUAAUUCUGUUUUUGUGGUAAAAGUUAUUUUUGCCCUGGCCCAUGUGGCUCAGUUGGUUGAGUGUCAUCCCAUGCACCAAAAGAUUGCUGCUUUGAUUUGAUCAAGGCACAAACCCAGGUUGCAUGCUCAAUCCCUGGUGGAGGACAUGCAGAGGCAGCCUGUCAAUGAUUCACUCUCACAUCAAUGUUUCUCUCUCUCUCCCUCUGCCUUCCUCUCCAAAAAAAUAAAAAAAUCUUUAGAGUAAAACAAAACUAAAACUUAUCUUUUCUCCCUGUCAAAACAAUGCUAUACUUUGUUAUAUGUUAGUGUUAUGUAUGAGAUAUAUUUUCAGGAUAACGCAUCAGAAUAUCUGGCAGUGAAUUUCUGUGUGUUAUUAUGUCAGAUUUAAUACAUUGUUAUUAUAAGCUUAGGCGUCUUCCUACUGUUGAUAAAUGUGCUCUAUUUUUAUGUUUAUGUUCAGAAAGUUAUUUUGCCUUCUGUCCUAAAUGAAAAAUUCAAGAAACCUAUUAAUAUAUUUUUACCUUUUUUGAUAGUACAAGUUUCAAGUUACUGUGUUGUAUCGUUUAUUUUCUUCUGAUUCUUAGAGUUACACUUAUCUGAGGAGCAUCAUUCUAGAGGAACUUAAAAAGGAACAAAAAUGUUGAAACUACUUAGGAAUCUUGGUGCCUUUGGGUAAAUUCAGUAUAUCAGAAAACAGUCAUUUAAAAGGCUAACAAGUAAAAGUGGUAUAAAUAUACACUGAGUGGCCAGAUUAUUAUGAUCUCCGAAUGCAUAAUAAUCUGGCCACUCAGUAUAUAUAUAUAUUAGAGGCCUGGUGCAUGAAUUCGUGCAUGGGUGGGGUCCGGCCAGCCUGGCCAGGGAGAGGGGACAUGGGCGGUUAGCCGGCCUGCCUGCUGGUCGAACUCCUGGUUGAGGGGACAAUUUGCAUAUUAGCCUUUUAUUAUAUAGGAUAUACACUGAGUGGCCAGAUUAUUAUGCAUUCAGAGAUCAUAAUAAUCUGGCCACUCAGUGUAUUUCUUUGUUAAUAUGCUAUAAAAAGUACCAUUCAAAGGGAGGAAGAAAGGUAAUUCUUACAGAAAAUGAGGGUGAUGUUGGUUGCCUUUUAUUGAGAUUUUUUAAAGCUUUCAUAAAGAUUGCCUUUUAUUAUUUUAGUAGGACAGUUUAUGUGGUAACUGGUCAUAUACAACAAUGUACUACAUAAAUAUGGUGUGUGAACAUAGCACAUACACAAUUGAAAUCUAGCAUGAAAGGUUAAAAAGUAUGCACAAUAUUUCUUAAAUUACUCUGCUGUGGUAAGAGUAUUUAACAUCAGAUUAUUCUGUGAUGUCUUUUAAACUUUUUGGAAAAAUACAUUUGUAAAGAAAUCUUGAUUUGGGUUCAAUAUAGGUUUUUAAAACUAUGAAUGUUGCCUUUUUUAUAUUUUUAUGAGAAAGUGAGAGAAAAUUACUUUGGAAGAAAAUGGGCUUCUGUUUAAAUGUUGAAAUAUAUAUGUUGUGAGUUUAAGGAGCCUACAAUUACCUGUAAGUUUUACAGAACCACCUGCUUUUGGUGAUUUGUAAAUAAACUCUCAAAACUUCCUUGAAAGGCUUCAUACAGAAUGUGUCAAUUGGCAGGAAAAUUUAAUAAAUUAGUAGUUGAACACAUUUUACAAUGUGGUCUCUUUAAGGGCAAUUUCAGCAGUUAACUUGAAAGAGAAAAAAUGUGUACAUAGGUAACAUCACUUGCAAUGAAAUAAAGCUCAGUUUGUGCUCACAAGUU